GAAGACAAAGGCAGUUCCGGUGGACAGGCAGCAGCCUACACCUACCCAGCCGGACUAGGACCAGUUCUGAUGAACGGCUGCUUCGGGACAGGUUAUAAAAAUGGAGACCCCUGCUGGGAGGCAAAGAUACCACUGGAAGGCUGUCCGAACCUGAUAGACGGCGCAACCUACCUCGGUGUCGGGUUUGACGGAAGAGGCGUGUACUCGGCUGAAUCUAGGAAGAAAAGUGUCAUCCAGAGAUCAUGUAAAAACUUGCAAACAUACGGUAAAAAUGAAGUACCCGACUCUAUGACAGUACAAGGCAUAUACGACACAGAUGUAGAGUCCUACACCUUCAGCUCAAUGGAAGACUACAGGAAAUACCUUGCGGAGAAAUCAGCCGUCACUUCUGCCAGUGCCAUGUUCCAGGAAGAUAUCAACAAGGCUUCUGGACAUGUAGCAGGGGGUGGAGCGUUUGGACUUGUUUGGUCAGCAGGAGUAGGAGGAUCCAGUCAGAGUGGCACAUCCAGCCAAUCAUCAAGCUUCAGUGCCAGCUCCUCUGCCAGCGCUCAGCUGAGUGAGAAGCAGACACAAACAUUCAUGGCCAUGCUGGAGAUAAACAUAUUCAGGUAUGAGAUCUUCAUGGACGACGUGACGCCUGAACAGUUAAACGUGGGCUUCCUGCGAGACUUUAUUUCCCUGCCUGAGUCCUACUUCUCUCCCGGUGCAGAAAUUAUCUUUCAAAACUUUUACCUCCGCUGGGGAACACACUACAUCAAGUCAGCCAAAUUUGGAGGCCAGCUAAAGAUCAUCAAAACAAAACAAGCUACACAGGACCUGUCGAUGUCUGAAUUCGCGACUAAAGCCGAGGCUGACUGGAAGAUGACCCUCAGCACCUUCUCAGCGCAGGCGUCACAGACCAAGUCCAGUAGCUGGUGGCACGAGCACGAGACAAAGACUGAAUCAAAACAGUCUUCUGGACAGGCAGCUUCUAAUUCACAAUCACAGGCCAACAGACAAGAGGAGAAGCAAGCGUCAGCCCAGGAGUACAGUCACGAGGAGCUGGUGGUUCAAGGCGGAGACCAGAAGAUCGCCGCUGCCAUCACGGAGAUGUACACGACAGCCCUAACAACAGAGCUGAAGGACUGGUUAGAGUCCAUUAACGACUACCCCAAACCCUUCUCCUUCGUGUUGAGGCUGGUCUCAGAUCUACUGAACAUCCCCUUCGCCUCGCUCUUCCCUGCAGGAGAUGUGGACUAUGGUUGCUUUGGUAGGAGGGAUCUUCAGACGGAAGUGGGAACUGGCCGAAAGUAUUACACUCAAAAGACAGUAAAACCGGAUGUUGGCAACAAAGGACCUAAAAAUGGAAGUGAACCGGUAACGGUUACUGAGAUCCGUUAUUGUAAUUUUGAAAACCGUAAAGCCCUUGAAGACAGCAUGACGAAGAGGAGGCUGGCGCUUCAACGUGCUGUUACAGUGUACCUAGAAGAGGGUCGUCUCCUGAGUUCAGACUUCCACCUGCCCGCUGGAGAGGCAGGCUGUGAAACCGCCAUGUUGGCGUUCCUUCAGGAAGACAACACCGGCGUGCCCACAUGGGAAGACAUGACCGGGGGAAAGGAGUUCACGGUCGUGUUUGACAUGCCGUACGACAUCCCGGGGAUUCUUCUGGCUCAAGACGUGCUGACACUUAAGUUCAAUCGUCACAAGUGGUUCUCUACCAGGAAAGGGUCUGUACCACAUCUGUAUGAUGGCUACAAAAACGGGGGAAGCAAUGACGUCCAGGCGAAAAAGGUCAGCGUUCAGGGGCUUGUCAUGACGUAUGAUGAGGGAACAGGUGUCUUCACGGUGACGGAUGACGACUUCACAGCCUCAGCUACACUACUGACAGACAUACCACAGUGGCUAAAAGGUCGUGACGUCGCCAGAGCCGAGUACAAACAACUACUCAACCACUUAAGCCAGAAGAGUGACACAGUUGGAGACAUACCGUGUAGCAUCCAAUGGACCAACGCGCAUCGCUUUGAUCCGACCGAUGGAGGAAAGUGCAUCCACUUCACUGCAGCAUCAGAAGGCGACAUCUUUGUUGUGUUUGCAAGCAUCCCGCAGAACCAUGAGACCUGGAUAUAUGUACAGAUAACACCUGAAGGAGUGGCACUUUAUAAGGCACUUCGGCUACAAACCACCCAGCUGAAUGACAACGCCGGCGGCCUGGGUUCGGCAACCCUGUACCAGUCGUACUUUGUCUGUGUGACUGAAGAUGUGGACGACACGACAUCAGUCAUUCAAUACGGCAAGACGCCUGACAACGAGGAGCGUCCCCACGUCUGGUUGAGUUUUACAUUCAACGAGGUGGCGUCCCUGCGGUACUAUUCCUUCGGCAGUGGGGAGUCUCCUGUCAAGGUGAUGGGACUGUCACUGCUGGACAAGCCGGCAAAGGACUUCAUCAUCUGCCGGGAAGGGACGGAGAUAAUCAACGGAGUCUGUCAACAAAAAUGUCACUCCGAGUGCAACGCGGGGGCAACCAGUUUCUAA